UAGGCCAGCAGAAAUCAUCCCACGACUUCUCCGCAGGAACCUCUGUCAUCUAAUCCGGACAUCGACGACAACCCUUUUCUCAUUCUCAACUCCAACUCACCCAAGACCACACGAGAACCAUCACAUCACCGACCGACCAACACCCCCCCUCACCUCAAAAAAAAAAGAAAAAAUGACACCACCACCACCGCUCUUCCACGCGCUCCUCCGCCCGGCCGUCCUCCAGAUCCUGCGCGCGACGGGCUACCACAGCGCCAAGACCUCGGUCAUCGACUCCGUCACCGACCUCGCCGCCCGCUACUUCCUGCACCUGUGCCAGCUGACGGCCGUCUACGCGGCCCACAACAACGACGAGCUCCCGCUGCCGGCGCUCCUGGCGCGGCCGCACGGGACCGAGAACGGGAUCGGCGGCGGCGGCAGCAGCAGGCGUAGUAGCACCGCUGAUAACGACGGCGGAGGCACCGGUGGGGUUGGUGUUGGUGUUGGUGUUGGGGUUGGCGGUAGCGGUAGCGGUAGCGGGGGAGCAGCGGCGACGGUGAACCCCGUGAUACCGGCGCCGACUAUCGUCGACGUGCGCAUGGCGCUGCAGCGGGCCGGCGCCCUCCUGCCCGAGCGGCUCCCCGAGGAGCAGGAGUACCUGGGCGAGGAGGAUGUGCGUGGCGUGGAGAAUUUUAUCGCGUGGGCGAUGGGGUCGCUCAACAGGGAGAUUACGAGGAUCGCGCUGGAUGGGGUGGAUGAGGCGGGGGAUUAUUUGGAUGCCCUGAAAAAGAAACACAGCAAGAAUGACGACGACUCGAAAUACUUGGGCACGCUACUCGGCAGGAGCAUCGAGCAUGGUGACGUCCUAGUCGAAGGGGGCGAGUGCCCGAGUAUUUUCGUCUGGGAGGAGCGGAGGCGGAUCGCGGGGCAGAAAACGCCUGAGCCGCCGGUCCUGCAGAAUCACUUCGGCGAAUUGAAUGGCGAUCAUUCCGUGAAUGGCGACAGGGAAGACUCACGGCCGCCUAGUUCGGGCCUGAGCUCGCUCGGCGAUCGCAGCAUUGCGGAUGAGAUGGAUCUGUCAUGAGACAAACGGAUUCAUAGGCAACGUGUGUUAGGGCAUUGUAGCAACGGAGGCAUGGGGAUAAUGAAGGGCCGCGUUGUGACAAGAUGGGAGGAGAGUAAAUAGGAAACCGAAGCAGCAUAGCGAUGGCGUUUGGAACUGGAUGCUAAUACAGA